AUGGCAUUGUAUUCUCGCUCCGCCUCCUUAAUGUUCUUCUCCCUGGUGGUGGCCACCGCCAUCGUCUCCGCUGCACAUGGUGGCCGGCAAGAACUAUUGCCAGGCGGCUGGAGCCCCAUUCCGAACUUGAACGACCCCAAGGUGGUGGAGAUUGCAAACUUCGCUAUAGACACCCACAACAAAGAGGCUACAACCACUUUGAAAUUAGAGAGCGUGGUCAAAGGAGAGAGUCAAAUCGUUGAAGGAAACCACCAAAACAUGGCCCUAAAUCUACGCUUCGUCUCCUUCACUCUCUUCUCUUUGGCGGUGGCCGCUGCCGCACUCGGCGGCCGGGAAUAUCCACUUGUCGGCGGCUGGAGCCCCAUUUCGGACCCUAAAGCCCCCCAGGUGGUGGAGAUCGCGAAGUUCGCCGUCGACCACCACAACAAAGAGGCUAAAGCCAAUCUGCAAUUCGAGAGCGUGAUCGAGGGGCAGAGUCAAGUCGUCGCCGGCAUGAAUUACAAGCUCGUGAUCGCCGCCAAGGACGGCGGCGCCGGUAAUAAGUACGAGGCUGUCGUUUGGGAUAAACCUUGGGAGAAAUUCAGACAGCUCACCUCCUUCAAACAGUUAUGAGUGCGCUUUGAUUCGCAGAUGUUAAUGUGAAGAUGUUCCGUGUCUGAAAUGUGAUCUUUUGUCCGAUGUUGUUUCCUGAUCUGAUCUGGUUAUGAAGGGCAAUAAAUCUUGUAAUUUUAUUAUGGAAAUAUAAAUCUAAUUUCUAGUUCCUUUUGUUGCCU